GGGGGGAUGGGAUCGGAGCAUAUCUUUAAGGUGCUUUUACUUCUUGGGAUGCAAUAUAUCCAGUGUGCUUUUGGGGUUUGGCUAGAUUUGACUUGCCAGGUAUUUGGGAUGACAACAGGAAUGGGUUGGGUUGGAUGACCUGUUUGGCUUGCUAGGUUUUUGAGUUAUUGCUAUAGGUGUAUUUGGCGUCGGUCUUUUUAUUUUCUGCUUUUCACCUUCUUGAUUCUGCUUCAUGAUGGAUGGCCAAUGAAGUUCAAACGCAAUGAUGGCGGUACGGAAUGAAUGGCAUCACAAUAUUAUACACCCACUGAAUAGUGGACUUGUCCAAAAUCUCUCGUCUUUUCCAGAUUGUGCUACCAAAUUGACAUUUCCUUUCAAUAGCGUCUUCCCAAUGUAUGAAGAUACGAGAAGUACUCUCCCCAGGUCACAUUUUGAUCUCAAUUCUUCAGCCACCGUUUCUGAAGUCAGGAUGUCAACUGUCAUCGAAUAUCGAUUCGGGAUAUCUUUCACGGCACAAAACCCCAUACCAAGCAACACAGCUGGAAACCCCGUGUCAUACCAUGCAGCCAGAUAAUGGAACCAACGAAACGAAGACGGCAGAAGUCCCUUGAAAAGAAUCUUCAGAUGAAGAAAACAAUACAGGAUCCAUAUCGAGCCCUGCAAAUCUCUUACAGCCAAUACGGUCAUCUGGGCUGGAGUUAUUUUUAUUACAUUGUGGGGGAUUAUCGGAAAUGAUACGACCCUACCGGCAAAUUGCGAGAUUUGGGGAGGAUCGUGGAUCAGCAGAUCAAAGUUGUGGAGUAUUUGCUUGGUGGCGGUAGGCUUGGCUUGCGGAGGGUAUGAUAAUACACCAAAAAAUUUCCAGAUUUAUUUUAUGUUUGGGGUUGGUGUUGAAUGCUGAAUGAAGUGAAGCCUCGUUGUCAUCGUUUCGAGCCGGACCAGGUUUUAGACUUGAACGGUACGGUCCUGUGCCGUAACACACAUAGUUGACUGACUAUUGGUGUCGAUCAAAGCCAUUGAAUCAAACCCGAGGAAACAUCCCUCAAGGAAUGGCGUUCCUGAAGUAGAUUUCCAAUAUAUUUUCCCAUUACCUUACUUUCUAAAGUCUGGCCACACUAGAUGCACGACAUUACAUGAAAUUCCAAGGCAUUUUCAAAAUCGAGAAGAAACGAAACGAAACGAAGCGACACGAAACGAAACGAAUCAGUUUAAAUUACUCUCCCUUCGGAGCAAUUGUCAUCUGAAGGAGAGGCACGGAAUAAUAGUGGCGUUGAUAUAGAUGUCUGAGCGCACUUUAGACACGGUGAUGGUGGACUUUUUAGAAUUGAGACCCGCUGCAGCCGACUCCGUCUGAUCCAUGGAUUUGGCACUGGCUGACUGGCAUGGCAUGGCAUCACCUGGCUCGGCUUGAACUGAAAUAAUGAUUUGAUGGGACGGGCACGGCGACGCUUAGAAAAGAAGGUUCAAGUUCAGGCGCAUGAACCAAGCUGAACCCGCCCGCCCGCGACAAUUACGUUGCCGAACGCCAGCACUUAACCUUCGACGCUUCGACUCACUCGUCAAGUGUUUUGAUCUCGUCCAAUCUACAUCCGACUUCAGCUAUUGUUGCUUCGCAGGUGGCUAAUACUGUACGUCUGGUGUGCGGACGACUUGCCCUGAACGGAAAGGAAACCCGUCCCGCUACGUACAGACUUUCUGGAAGCUUUGACUGCCCGCUCUGCUCAAGCUCAGGCUUGGGCUUAACCACGCACGACCCGGACGUUUGACCGCGGCACUGAUCUGAACUGGUACAAGGCCAGCUAUGAUGAAGAAGAGUCGAAUAGGGAAUCUGGCACUGGGACGACUUGUGGCGCAAAGGACUGACUCGGUGGCUGCAGAGGGAACUGAUAAUCCAUCGACCCCGCGUUGAAAGCUUCAACUUGCGCCGACGACUGGGCAAGUCGCAAUACUUACCAAAGGCUCCGGCCGACCCGGUAUAUACGAAUCUGUUUCACGAUUAGAUGCCAUACACCCAAUUCGAAACAAAGAACACACCUGGAAUCGAAAAUACAUAGCUGGAAGUGGGUUGCCUGAAUUCUGCCCUCCUCGAAGGUUGGGUGGGAAGGGCGUGGCAUGAGAGAGCAUAGAUGAGAAGCAAUCGUCCGAUGAGUAUCCUUCCACCAGGGAUGGACGGUAGGCCAUACAAUGCACCGCAUGGGAAAGAUGGAGCUCUGCAGGACUGGCAGCGAAAUGCCACGGAGACAUUGGCUAGGAGUCUGGAUAGACCAAGUGAGCCGAACACAACACAACGAGCGCGGUCUGCCGUCCAUACUAUACGACCGGUGACACCAGAGCGUCAUGAUGGCGAUGAUGGGGCUUCUGUGUCGGUUGGCUCAGUGCAAACGUCGCCAAGCUCAAUACCUGGAGGGGAGAGGCGGAGGCAGGGACUUGUCUUCCAAGACUCGUAUAGUACGGAUUCUCUGGAAGGAGGAGGUGGUGGAGGAGGAGGAGCUCGCUCUGGUCCUCCAGUGAGCUUUCACUCUCGACCUCGUAAUAGGACUAUCAAUGAGCCUCCUCACUAUCCUCACCAGAGAUCUGGCUCCAACACUGUUUCGAAAAGCCGGCAUCGUAUCGGCUCAGUGCAUUCAACAGCAUCCUCGUCGUUCCACGAUGUACCACCUCAGCCCGAUGUUUCCAACUCGCUUGGGUUCCCUUCUAUUUCUACGCGGCCCACGCCAUUGCAAAAAUCGAAUUCAGUAAAAGGUGGCCGGCGCCUUAUGAAGAAAUCUUCACGGCCAACUUCUCCACUUCCAAAUAUGGGCGAUGUCCCUUCUGUCGACUCUUUACCUUUCCCCGUAACCACUGGAGAUGCCAACAAAAUUCUAAUGCUAAUGAAGACUUUGUGUGGGCGUAUGAGAGGAGAGGUCGAGUAUAAAGCCGUUGAAAAUGGGUCUUGGUACGCAGGGAUCUGCUACAUUGACGAGACCAAGGGAUCCUUGAUGUACGAAGGUGAUGAUAGAGGUCCUUUUCAUCUGACCGUAAUAUCAGAUCUCCGGGGUUGUCGAGUAAAGCCCAUAAACUCGCCAGAAAGACCAAUGAGAUGUCUUGAGCUGUCGAAUAGAGCUUUAGGUAUAGAAAUACAUCUCAUGCCAAUGGUCAAGAAAGAAUUCGACCUUUGGCUAGCUGCUCUCCUAUGUUGGCAACAGAUCCGGACAACAACACUGCCUGCAAGCCCACCCAGGUCUUCCGCACCUUCUAUUUCGGAGAGGAGGCCUUCGGUCGCUCCAAGACGCGACUCGACUUUCAGUACUACUCAAAAAGGCGGAAAUAUUAUCAAGGUUGCGAAACUCUUGUUAUGGGACAAAGGGGCUCCCUCGUCUCCCACUGCCAUUGUGCGCCGUCCCUCGACUCGUGACUUGCGAUCUUCGAGUCGGUCAGGUUGGCGGAAAGUGUCUUGUAUCCUUCAAGACAAUGGGGAAUUCAAGCUAUUGACUGAGAACGAUAUCACACUUCUGUCGGUGAUCCAGCUCUCACAACUGUCACGAUGUGCGAUUCAGCGGCUGGACAGAUCCGUUCUUGAUGAGGAGUACUGCAUUGCAAUAUUUCCACAAUACACACCAGGGUCUACUCAACUAUCUAUAUUUCGACCUGUCUACAUUGCUUUGGAGUCACGAUUGACCCAUGAAGUAUGGUUUUGUUUACUACGAGCCUUCACCAUUCCGGAGAUAUAUGGCCCUCAGACCGCUAAUGCUGAGGAUGACGAUGACCUGGGCAUGGAUCCAUUACUUCCCUCCACGAACGACAUGUUUAGGAUGGAGAAAUCUGUUAGUCUUCGCAUCAUAGAAGCGAAGGUUCGAAGGCCAGUAUCCAGAAACGACGGCCAUUCGGUUGGCAAGUCCAUCAAGGCGGUGGAUGACCCGUCCUUUGGAGAUUAUUUUGUUGAAGUCAUUCUGGACGGAGAAGUUCGUGCCCGUACGAAGACAAGAAAUGAUACCAGAAACCCCUUUUGGAGGGAGGACUGCGAGUUUUUAGAUCUCCCUGCACACCUCCCAAGUCUCUCGGUUGUGUUGAAGCAAUUAGAUCACCCGAUGGGCGCAACGCAUGGGUUUCUCUCAUCGUCGAGUGUGCAUGUACCAGGUCCGGCCGUGGAUUUAAUAUGCGGAACUGUGGAAAUACCACUCGAUAAGCUGGACCGAGUAAAGGACAAUGAAGCAUGGUGGCCAAUAUUGGAUGACCAGCAGGACCCUGUCGGAGAAAUAUUCUUGAGGGUACGGCAUGAUGAGUUGGUUGUCCUGCUUGCCAAAGACUACCAACCGAUAUCCGAACUCCUUCACAACUUUGGUAGCGGACUGACGGUGCAGAUUGCACAAGUCGUACCUACAAGCUUGAGAACUCUUGCUGAGAUACUGAUGAAUAUCUUUCAAGUUUCUGGACAUGCGUCAGAAUGGCUCUCGGCUUUGGUCGAGGAUGAAAUUGAUGGUCUUGGCAAGGAACCGCCGAACCGACGUCUCAGAUGGAGCAGAAGAAUUGGAUCGAAUGAGUCUUACACAUCUGUAAGCGACAGGGCAGAGACAGUCAGAGAUAUGGGAAAGUCGUUACAAGGAGAGGCCAACCUGCUCUUUCGUGGAAACUCGCUUCUAACUCAAGCUUUGGACUUUCACAUGAGACGGCUCGGCAAAGAAUACCUAGAAGAUGUGCUUUCCGCCAAAAUCACGGAGAUCAAUACCUUAAAUCCAGAUUGCGAGGUCGAUCCGUCUCGGAUAUCGAAUGGCGACGACCUCGACAAGAAUUGGAAACUGUUGACAAGCUUGACAACCGAUGUUUGGGAAAGUAUUGCUAGCUCGGCUAAGCGAUGCCCGCCAGAAAUUCGACAGGUUCUCAAAUAUGUUCGAGCCGUUACCGAGGAUCGAUAUGGUGACUUCCUACGCACCGUCUCGUACACCAGUGUUUCUGGUUUCCUGUUUCUACGGUUCUUUUGUCCAGCACUACUGAAUCCGAAGCUGUUCGGAUUGUUACGAGAUCAUCCUCAACCAAAAGCUCAGCGGACGCUCACAUUGAUCGCCAAAAGUUUACAAGCUUUAGCCAAUCUCUCGCAUUUUGGACAAAAGGAGAGCUGGAUGGAACCCAUGAACCAGUUUCUAGCCAGGCACCGGCAAGGAGUCAAAGACUUUCUUGAUGCCGUCUGCGAUAUACCCGCAGAACGCAACAGCUAUGCCCUUCCAGCUUCGUACUCUACGCCAAUUACUAUUCUCGCCCGUUUACCGCCCACAUCAAGAGAAGGUUUCCCAUCAUUACCAUAUCUCAUAGACCAUGCUCGCAACUUCGCCUCCCUAGUCAAGCUCUGGUUAGACGCUGUGACACAUUAUCCCACGCCUCAAGGACUCGACGGUGACCUCCUAGAAUUCCACGAGAUUUGUCUUAGCCUCCAGCGCCGCACCGAUGACUGUCUCCUCAAAGCCGAACAGGCAGACCGCAGCGCUGACCAACUCUCCCUUCAGUGGGAAGACAUCGUGGAAACACUGCACAGCUCCACCAUCAACGAAGUUACGUAUCCAAGGCCAGUGCACGAUCUAGACGUAGCAUCAGGAACCAGAACUGGAUCCUCAAGCACGAACCACAGCCCUCUAUGGACUGACUACUCGACUUCCAUAACAGGUGGAACUGGCCCGACAGGUAGUCAACAUAGCCAUACCCCAAGUCAAAGUCACAGCCACUCGCAGAGCCGCACGCCCGCUCAACGUCGUCCUUCUGGAUCAGCUGGUAGCGAAGCGGGUAGUCGGGAAAAGAAAGACCGGCAGAGUUUCUGGGAUGCGACGUUUGGGAAGGAGCAUCAUCACCACCAAGGUAAGCAUGGGAAAUCUCAUGAUCCAACGCUCGAUGGUAGCCAAGCUAGUCCGCCUAGUAGGGGCCAGAGCAGGAAUGGAAAUGGUGGCUCCAGCUCCGCUGCAGGUGGCAGUACAAGUGGGAGUGGGAAGCCUUCAAGAAAUUUCCUGAGUGGGUUAAGGAGGAAGGGGAAGGGUGAGGGGAGUACUGCUGGUGCUGGAAAUUCGACAGGUCACCCGAACGGGAAUGGGAAUAGCAAUACGCAACUUGUAGGGUCAGUGGAGAGUACGGCUAGUUUUGGGAUGGAGUGGAAGGAUGGCGGGAUGAUCUGA